CGUGGCUUCAGUGAGCCCCGCUCAGCGUCGGCGGGCGAAAGGUGGGCUUUCCUUGUCAGCCACUCUCCUGUGGCCUCGUCGACGGUCACCUCAUUUCGCACCACGAAUUCCCUUUUGGCCACCCAACCCAUCAAAGCAGCCGACGCCAAUAGCUCAUUCCCUUGUCCGGCGAGGCCACCAUGCCUGGGAUUCCCGCUGCUGCUGCUGCCACCCUCUCCACCCCCGCCGAUCUGUUCUCUUUCGACGAUGAUGACGGCUUUGGCGACUUCAUAUUCGCCUCCUCCGACCAACCUCUCCCACCCCAUCGGCAGCAGGACGAUGACGACUGGGGCGAAUUUGUCGUCGGCCCGCUCGGAUCCCAGCGUUUCGAAUCCCCAGCUACGCCGCCCCCCUUCGAUGCCUUCCCUUCCCAUUCCGCCGCCGUCGUCGUCGACGAGAUCGUGGGUGUCAAGGAAUGGGAGAAACCCAGAGGGGCGCUGCCGCUGUCGAUUUUCGGGGAGGAGGAGGAGGAGGUGAACGAACCGCAGCCCCUCCAGCCGCUGAACAUCUGCUCUCCUUCUUUGUCUUCUUCGAGUCCGGCCACAGAUCACAAGGGACCGGUUGGUGGUGGAGAGCUGAGGGAUCUGAUCACCAGUCUCUAUGGCCAUGCCCCCCAACCGGUUGGCGUUGACAGGAUCGGCUCUCGUUUGGCUGAGGGAAAGGAGGACGAUACCGGCGAGAGCUCUUGGGAAUACAAGGACGCCUCUUCCUCGUCGCCCAAUUCGGUGCUCAAGUUGAUGAUGGAAGACGGUAUACGAGAGGAGAAAUCUGGGCCUCGUGGCGUUGCAGCUGUGGGUGAAGUCGAGGUUCUUCGAAUUGGGUCACAAGGUCAUCAAGAGGCAAAUGGUUGGAUCAGUGUUGGUAAUGAUGGACAAGAUGUUAGUAAUGGAGAUGACUGGUUUUCCGGCCCAGAGAAUGGCGAGAAAAGAGGUGAAGAGGAGUUUUGGAAGUUUGGUGAUACUGUUAUGGAGAACAAAGUCGUAUCAACUUUGGGACAAAAGAGCCAUGAAGAACCAAUGAUUCAAGAUGCUGAGACAAAGAUGCUGGGUCCCAGCACUGAAACUGAGGCUACCAGAAGCGUGUUGAAAAGUAACCUAGUUGACUGGCCUGUUCAUUCUUGCAGCAAUUUUAAAAAAGAAGCUGAUCUAGGACUCAAUGACCUGAAUGGGUAUUUUUGUGAGCCAAUGUUUGUGGGGAGUUCAACUAAAGAUAUAACUUUUACCUCAUCCGAUAGGCUUACUAACAACACACUGGAAAUGUUCAUUGAGGUUGAUCAGGACGAUGCUGUUUGUGCUGCAAAUGAUGCCACAAAGAAGCAUCAAAACUCAGAUAUGGUCAGCUCAGUGCAGAGAGAUUAUCAUCUUGGUAGAACUCAAUGCGAGUUCUUAAAAAUUUCAGAAGUAGUGGUCAGGAAUCAGGAUUCUGCAUGUGAAAUAGAUAAAAAUGAUUCAACUAAUUUGACACACAACUCUCUUGUAGCUCUUUAUUGUAGAUUGAAAGAUGGAUCUGCUUCCUUAUUAAAUUGCCAUCUUGAUGAUCUCAAGAAUGCAUAUGAAGUUGCUUCUCUUUCUGGUGAAGAAGUUAAAGAAAAAGAAAUAUAUGAAGAAAUUAAGGUAGCUUAUGAGAAACUAGAAGAAGUUAAGGGUACUGAAAAUGCCAAAAUAGGAGAGCACCUAUCAAAAAAUGUUUGCAUUAGUCAACUGCUUAAAGCUGUAGAAGAGCCAAACUUUCGAGCAUUUGAGCAAGAAUAUCACCUGUCAGAAAGAAUAAUAUCAGCAGGGAAAGAGUUAUGUGCAGCAAUUGAAUUUCUUGAACAUACCAACUCAGUACUUUGUAUUCUGGCAUUAGCAUCAAGAGAGGAACAGCAUGCUUAUAUUCAUGCAUGGUCUGCCAUAAGUGUGGCUUGUGUUCAAGAGUUGCAGCAUGGUGCCAUAAUUUUGCAAGAGUCGGUUCAAGCACAAAAAUUGAUGCAAAUAUUAUUUCAAGAAGUAAAAUAUUUUAUUGCCAUCGGGGAGAUCUAUCGAGUCACAGAAGUCUUGAGAGUCUCUUUGAAACUUUACAAACCUUGGAUACUGUUGAAUCGGGGUGUCUCCAGCCAAUUAUUAACAAACUUAGAUAAGUGUGCUGAAGCAUGGACUGUCUCCGGUCUGGAAAACGCUUUGAAAACCAUUUCUGAUGCCAAUGGUGUAGAAUAUGCCGUUUUGGCCAAACGACUCCUUUCAUCCAUCAAACUUCUUGGUGACCUUGAUCUCUCCCACUAUUCUUUUAAUCAUGACAAAACGAUUUGUAGAAUAUCACUGUUGACCACGGAAGAAUUGCAAGACAUGAAAAUGGUGCUAUGGAGCGGAAACUAUUAUUUUGGCAAGCUUGCAAACCUGUGGGCCAAUCGGAUAUCUCAUGAUCCUCCCAAACUUACAUUUUGAUUAGUUCAAGACACAUCUGGAAUUUGGAAGCAGGAGAUUCUUAAACACGCUCGGGUACCCAGUCAAGACAAUCUCUUUCCUAGAUGAAACUGCAGUGUCGCAGGUGCUAUCUAAUAAAUCCAAGAGCACUCGAGAAAGUCUUCACGUAACAGACGAAGCCGAGUAUUACGUUGCAACAUUAUCGAUCCCAAAUGAGGAAGAAUGAUCUUAGAAACAAUCAUUGGUGUGUCGUUCUCCAUUCUUACGCUCGAUGCUUCUUUUCUUUCCUCUUUCUGAGUUCUAGUCAUUGGAAAUGUAUAUUGUGGUUGCAAGUCUCGGCUAUAUUCAUUCUAUUCUUUUGUUCGAUAUCAAUACACGACCAGGUGCUUAGUAUUUGAUUAUUCUAGAGAUAUGAAAGUUUGAAUCGAAGGCACACAUCAUGUUUGGGA